AUGCGGCAUGCGUUUCGGAUCCUUUUGCAGCUGGCCCUGGCCGGUUGGCCUGCGUUCGCAGACCUCGAGCGCGAGCUCUACAACCAGGCCAAGCAGAGCGCUCGACUUGCAAAGGUCGAGGCCAGCCCAAGGGAGAUCUUGGAAUUUCUCACCACCAAGCGGCGGACCGCCAAUGUCGCGCUCCUCCUGCAUGAUGCGAACUGCCCACACUGUCGAAAAGCCUUGCCAGAGCUGGACCGCGUUGCGGAGAGCUUCCAGUCAGGAACAGUGGUCUUUGCGCAUGUCGACUGCACCCACAACAAGGGCGCCAUGCAGAGCGAAUUCAACUUGAAGGGCUUCCCAGGCUUCUUAUUCUGGAGACAAAGCGAUCCGAUAGAUGAUCUGGUGGGCCAAGUCUUUGUAAUCGACAGUGAUGUGGAUUUCAUUCUGCGGGCGAGCCGCCUUUCUGAGAUUGGCAAGGAGCGUGACGGAGCUCGUCGCGCGCUGGCUGGAGCGCAGGUCACGGUGAAGGCCGUGGACGGCAAGGACAUGACCGUGCAGGUGGAAGGCCCCCGAAACCAGCUGGUCUGGAUACCACACGAAACUCUUCUGCAGCAGGGCCGACGCUUGCCAUACAGGCGGGGAGAUGGGGUGGCACGGUAUCACAACGUUUGGGAGAAGGAACCCAUGACUCAGUUUUUGCAGAGGAUGACACAGCCACUGGCCUACUUUGUCAAAAUGAGUACACACGUGCUGGUCCCAGCAUGGAGUGCAGGACCUGUCCUUAUCAAGGUCACCAGCCUCCCCUCGGCCUCCUGGGCCGACUUGGCGGGGGAAGGGCCGGCUGUCCUCCUCUGUGCUGGGACGCUGACUCGGGGAUUCCUCGAGGCAGCCGUGACCCACCAGCUCUCCAUGAGGGCCUACCACACGUCGGCAGAGUGCCCGCUUCAAGGAGCCAGUAGUCCCGGGAGUGAGCAAGUCGUGGUCUAUGUGCCAGCGGCCAUGCAGUGGGCCGCGGUGAAAGGGAGGGCCAGGGCGGCAGCAGCAGCGGCGGGUCCAGAGGUCGUUCAGAAUGAUGGGGCGCUGCUCAAGUGGGUGUCCCGGCACCGGCUCCCUGGCAUUGCAAAGCUUGGGCUGAGCAGCGUCUACUUCUUUCUGAAUUCGGGCCCCAGUGUGCUUGUGGCUGUGGACGUCAUAGACCAUGAAACAAACAUCAUGGCUGAGACGAAGAUCCGCGAGGUGAUGAAGCCGAAGCGCAUCGGCGAGGUGGACGUGUACUCUUAUGGUGAGGCAGAUAGAUACUUCGGCGUUGCUGAUGGGACACUGCCUGGAUUCACUUAUUUCGGAGUGUCACCGGACCACCUGCCACGUGUUGUCGUCUUUGACGAUUCCGAUCACUGGGUGGAGGAUGCCUACUACUUGACUGUUGAGAAGUUGCCUGAGCAUCUCCCGCGAGUGUCCAGGAUGUGGAGGAUGAGCAGCACGCCGCGAGGACAUGCCCUCUGGAUCGCGAAGAAGUUCGUGGCCCUCUACCUGGCUGCAGACCGCCAUGCCGCAGCGGCAGGGUACUUUGGCCGGGUCCUGGUGGUGCUGCUGCUGGCAGUCUUCCUUUGGGCCUCGGCCCAUCUGCUGGUCUGGAUAGCUCGUUCUGGCUUCCUCUUCUUCUACAACAUCAUUGAAGGCGAUGAGGAAGCCACGGCAAAGGAGCAGGAUGACAAGAAGGAGAGCAAGAAGGACAAGUGA